ACAUGGGAUUGAGUUGGUGACUUCUCUAAACAGAUGACACAAUUCAUUUCAAUACUAUGAAACGGUGAAUUAAUGCAAACGUGCCAUUGAUCGCCGCAAAAGCCAAAUACAAAAUCAAUAAUAAAAAAGUAACUCUUUGUUCUCACAAUGAAAGAAGUGUGGAGAUUCAUAAUAUUCUGCUGCAUGGUGGUAAUUGGAGUCACACUAGGUCAUAGUUUGUCUCUAACCAGCCAAGGUUUGACACUUGAAAAAAUGAAGAAAUUAUUGAACUGGAAUGGUGAAGGAGUCAUUGAUCCAUGCUUUUGGUUUGGAGUGGAAUGUUCUCAUGGAAAUAUUGUGGCCUUGCACUUUGGCCAACAAGGGGAUAUACCAUACAAUAGAAAACUUCUACAAACAUCAAAUUCUGCCAAGAGUUUUGAUCACAAAGAGAAUCCUUCACCUUCAUCAUCACCAACACCUUCACCAGUUUCUCCAUCAGAAAGUCCCUCAAAUUCACCAUCAUUUUUUCUUCCAUCACUAUUAACAUCACCAGAACUUUCCCCUUCACCAUCAUCCUCACCUUCACCUUCACCUGUGAUAUCACCUUCCCCUACAGUUCUAUCUACACCACCACAUUCUAGUUGGAUUUCUGCACCUUCCCCAGCUCCAUCUUCAAACCAAAUGAAUUCACAAAGUUCAAACCCAAAGCAUCAUUCUGUUGUUAUAUGGUCAACAGUUGGAGGAUUCUCAUUCCUUGUUUUGGUGUCAUUCAUGGUUUUCAUUUGCUUCAGAAGUAGUAAGGUUGUAACUGUCAAACCUUGGACCACAGGGUUGAGUGGCCAGCUUCGAAAAGCAUUUGUAACAGGUAUUCCAAGUCUUAAACGAGGUGAACUCGAAGUAGCUUGUGAAGAUUUCAGCAACAUUAUUGGUUCUCUACAAGAUGAAACCAUCUAUAAGGGAACUCUUUCAAGUGGAGUUGAGAUAGCCGUUGUAUCCUCUGCCGCGACUUCAUCACUAGACUGGUCAAAAAAUAUGCAAGCUCAGUUCCGAAAGAAGAUUGAGAUGUUAUCAAGGUUGAACCACAAGAAUUUUGUGAAUCUUAUUGGUUAUUGUGAAGAGAAUAAGCCAUUCACAAGGAUGAUGGUUUUUGAGUAUGCUCCGAAUGGAACGCUGUUUGAGCAUCUACAUAUUAGAGAAGCAGAAGAGCUAGACUGGGGAAUGAGAAAGAGGAUAGCUAUGGGAAUAGCUUACUGUCUAGACCACAUGCAUAAUCUCACACCACCCAUUUCCCACAGAAAUCUGUUAUCUUCUUCUAUAUACCUAACUGAAGAUUAUGCUGCUAAAAUAUCAGACCUUAGUUUCUGCACCGACAAAGUUGAUACAAAGAACCGUUACGAAAAAACUUCAGCAGAAGAAGUAAAGGACAAUGUAUAUAGUUUUGGUGUAAUAUUAUUUGAGUUGAUAACAGGAAAAAUUCCAUAUGCAGUGGAAAAUGGCUCUCAAACAGAUUGGGCUGGAGAAUAUAUAAGAGGACAACCAUUGAGAGAGAUGGUUGAUACAAGGUUGAACUCUUUGAAAGAUGAUGAAAUUGAGAAAUGGUGUGAAGUGAUUAACAAUUGUGUAGAUCUUGAUCAAGAAACAAGGUCAUCAAUGAAAGAGAUUACAUCUAAAUUGAAGGAGAUUACUGAUAUGGGGCCUGAUGGAGCAACUCCAAAAUCAUCCCCUCUUUGGUGGGCUGAAAUAGAAAUUAUGUCUGAGGACAUAUGCUAAGCUAAGACAUCAGUUUAUGGAUUUAAUUCAUGUAUAAUAUCGGUGUUAAGAUGGAUUCAGGAAUUUUAAGUAGUGUAGGCAACACAUAUAUGUGUGUAACAUUUUAAUAUUAAAGCAUAAAUAUGACUCUCAUUGACCUCUA